AUGAACGCCAGCGGCCCGGGCUACCCGCUCGCCUCGCUCUACGUGGGCGACCUGCACCCCGACGUGACCGAGGCCAUGCUGUACGAGAAGUUCUCGCCCGCCGGCCCCAUCCUGUCCAUCCGCGUGUGCCGCGACGUGGCCACCCGCCGCUCGCUGGGCUACGCCUACAUCAACUUCCAGCAGCCCGCCGACGCCGAGCGGGCGCUGGACACCAUGAACUUUGAAGUGAUCAAAGGCCAGCCCGUGCGCAUCAUGUGGUCCCAGCGGGACCCAGGACUCCGCAAGUCGGGUGUGGGCAACAUCUUCAUCAAGAACCUGGAGGACUCCAUAGACAACAAGGCCUUGUAUGACACCUUCUCCACCUUUGGGAACAUCCUCUCUUGCAAGGUGGUGUGUGACGAUCAUGGUUCCCGAGGCUUUGGCUUCGUCCACUUUGAAACCCAUGAGGCCGCACAGCAGGCCAUUGUCACCAUGAAUGGGAUGCUGCUGAAUGACCGCAAAGUCUUCGUUGGCCACUUCAAGUCUCGACGGGAGCGGGAAGCUGAGCUGGGAGCCCGGGCCAUGGAGUUCACCAACAUCUACGUGAAGAACCUCCCCGUGGACGUGGACGAGCAGGGCCUGCAGGACCUCUUCUCCCAGUUUGGGAAGAUGCUGAGCGUGAAGGUGAUGAGGGAUGACAGCGGCCACUCUCGGGGCUUCGGCUUUGUCAACUUUGAGAAGCAUGAGGAAGCCCAGAAGGCUGUGACGGACAUGAAUGGGAAGGAGGUGAGCGGGCGGCUGCUGUACGUGGGCCGGGCCCAGAAGCGGGUGGAAAGGCAGAAUGAGCUGAAGCGGAGAUUCGAGCAGAUGAAGCAGGACCGGCUGACCCGUUACCAGGGUGUGAACCUGUAUGUUAAGAACCUGGAUGACUCCAUCAAUGAUGAGAAGCUGAGAAAAGAGUUCUCUCCCUAUGGAGUGAUUACCAGUGCCAAGGUGAUGACAGAGGGUGGCCACAGCAAGGGGUUUGGCUUUGUGUGUUUUUCCUCUCCAGAAGAGGCGACGAAGGCCGUGACAGAGAUGAACGGGCGCAUCGUGGGCACCAAGCCGCUGUACGUGGCACUGGCCCAGCGCAAAGAGGAGCGGAAGGCUAUCUUGACCAAUCAGUACAUGCAGCGCCUGUCUACUGUGCGGACCCUGGGAGGCCCCCUCUUGGGCUCCUUCCAGCAGCCCGCCAGCUACUUCCUGCCCACUGUGCCCCAGCCUCCCGCCCAACCUGCGUACUACGCGUCUGGUUCUCCCAUGCAGCCGGCCUCCAGGUGGACAGCCCAGCCUCCAAGACCCUCGUCCACCUACCCUCCAGCCGCCUCAAUGGUCCGGCCACCAGCCAUGUUGCGGCGCCCCCCGGUGCAGGUCAGCAGUGUCAGGCAGGCCUCCACCCAGGUGCCACCCACGAUGCUCCACAACCAGAGAGUGGUCAAUAUUGGUACCCAGACCUCAGGAGCCAGCGGGGCGGACUAUCCUACACCCAGCAGGCCUCUGCUGACACACAGAUAUUCCUCAGCGGCGUGCAGCCAUGGGGUCCAGGAGCCCGCCGUGCGCAUCCCGGGACAGGAGCCCCUGACCGCGUCCAUGCUGGCCGCCGCGCCGCUGCACGAACAAAAGCAGAUGAUUGGUGAGCGUCUGUACCCCCUUAUCUACGAUGCCCACCCGCAGCUGGCCGGCAAGAUCACGGGCAUGCUGCUGGAGAUCGACAACUCGGAGCUGCUGCUCAUGCUGGAGUCCCCAGAGUCCCUCAAUGCCAAGGUGGAAGAGGCUUUGGCGGUGCUGCAGGCACACCAGGCCGCAGAGCUGACAAAGAUGACUGUGCUCUGAAAGCAGAAAACCGGGCUCCUCGCUCCCUCGGCCGACCAGAGAAUGGCGCUUCCAGCCUUGGCUCUCUGUCCCCCGGAACCGUAACUUAUUUCCCACUUGGGCUGUAUCUGUACCUGAACUCUGUGGAAUGAAGGCUGGUCCCUGCCCCUCGCCCCUCCCCAAGCCGGUCACCUUUCCUUUUGUGCAUUAA